AUACUCCAUUCAACAGUUUGCUGUACGUGUUACAAACGGGUAAUUAAACGAAAAAGCAUGGUAAGUGUACGUUCAAAAAUUAGAUUCGUCAGUGUGUCAUUCUUCAUCCAUCAUCAAUUGACUAUCAGUCACUUACCAACCGUGCAGUACUCGAAUGGAAAAUCAUUGUUUUCCAUAAACCUAUAAAAAAACGGCGAAACACGGAGGUGAAAAAGUAGAACAAUAUCACGGUGUGUGUAGUGAAUCACGAUGAUAGUCACGUUAAAUGUAUCAGCAACAAAAUUUCAUCCUAUACUCCUUUCGAUAUUGAUCUAUGCCGAUCCAAUAUUUAGAACGGAGGGAGAUCAAUACUCAACUUACUUUCAUAUCAAUGUUGCUCCAAUGCCUAAAUAUCUCACUUUAGACACCUACUUGAACACAACCAAUUUCACGCUAUACACAAGAGACAAUCCCAUAAAAGGCGACAUCAUAAAACCAAAUGACGUAGAGUCCAUUCGGAGCAGUUAUUGGAAUGCAAGCAAACAGACCAUCAUAAUCACUCACGGUUGGAUACAAAACGGUGCAGCUUGUGAAAUCAUACGCGAUGCUUUCCUUGAUGUCCGAGACUGCAACGUUAUUAUUCUCGAUUGGAGUGAGAUAUCGAACUACGUAAAUUAUCUCGACGUCGUAAAGAUGGUACCGCACGUUGCUAGGUAUUUAGCUGAUUUCAUAAACUUUCUGCAUACUAAGGCUGGUUUGCAAACGUCCAAUUUGAAAAUUAUUGGACACUCUCUCGGUGCUCAAAUCGCGGGCUUGAGCGCGUGGGAGGUAGGAAAAUCGAGCCGAGUGGCGGAAGUUGUCGGACUCGACCCUGCCAUGCCAAGGUUUCAUGACAAAAAACCUGGUAGAAGAGUUGAUGAAUCGGACGCAGAAAAUGUUCAAAUUAUUCACACAUGCUCUGGAUAUUUAGGUUAUUAUCUGCCUGCUGGUACUUCAGACUUCUAUGCGAAUGAUGGAAGACAUCAACCAGGAUGCGGCAUUGACUUAUCGGGAUUUUGCUCACAUUCGCGUAGCUACAGAUUCUUCGCUGAAUCAGUUAGGAAUCCGAAAGGCUUUCUCGGUGUACGCGCAGAUGGUGCAACAGCAUAUAUGGGCGGUGCUACCCCCGAUCCUAAUGCUAAAGGAACCUACUACUUCAAAACUAACAGUCAGCCUCCUUAUGCUCCUGCUAGAUAACAUUAUUCUUCUGAAUAUUCAAUAUUUGGAUGUAUUUUGCACAGAUGUAUUUCAAUAUUUGUAAGAUAGUUGUCUGAGUUAUGAAGGUAAUUAAAAAAUAAAUAACAAUUGA